UCUGAUGAGUGGGGGUAGUGACCGACUGACCGGUGAAAAAUUCUAAGAUUCCGACAAUUCCCUGAUAAACCACCUCCUGGCUCCUUCUCCUCUCUUUUUCGAUUCGUCUUAUAGAUCCUUACCCUACAGUCUUGUCUAUUUAGAGCUGAAUUGGGUUUACAGUUCUUCGGGGCGCCUCCACUCCACUCUAAGUCAAUCAUCUGAAAUUUCUAGGAUCAGAAAACCCCAAAGUUCUGUAAAGUGUGUGACAGUAUCUUGUGGGGGGUUUGUAAAGUGAUAUGGCUAGAAUCAGUGACUUGUCUGAUGAACUGCUGUUGAAGAUAUUAUCGUUUCUUCCAACAAAGGAAGCUGUAUCCACUAGCGUUUUGUCGAAACAGUGGGAGUUUCUUUGGAUGUGGCUGCCUGAACUCAAGUUCGAAUUUACUCGUUCAAAGUAUGCAUGCCUGAGGGAUUUUAUUGCCAAGAAUCUGCCAAUACACAAAGCCCCUAUCAUCGAAAGCCUGCGCCUUCGCUCUAUUCAUGGAGCAAUUCAACCUGAGGAUUUGGAUUCGUGGGUUGGAACUGCAGUUUCUCGUUGCGUGCGUGAGCUAAGUAUCAGUACCGAUUUAUAUUAUACCCAUCAUCUGCAACCUUUUGUAUCAUUGCCCUGUAGUUUGUAUUCCUGCAACUCGCUCGUGACACUGAAUCUUUGCGGCCGGUAUAUUUUUGUGGAUGUUCCUCCAACGGUUUGUCUCCCUUGCUUGAAAACUUUGCAACUUGAAUUUGUAGCAUACUCACACGAAGAUUCUCUUCCACUGCUUCUGUCCUAUUGCCCUGCUCUUGAAAAUCUGAGUAUUGACUUAGAAGAGUCAAUCAACUAUGACAAUGUAUUAUUGCCGUGUAGUUUGUAUUCCUUGAAGUCACUCGUGACUUUGAAACUCCAAGGCGGUACGAUACUUGUGGAUGUUCCUCGAACGGUUUGUCUCCCUUCCUUGAAAACUUUGCAACUUCGAUGUGUGACAUACCCAAACGACGAAUCUCUUCGACUGCUUCUAUCGCAUUGCCCUGUUCUUGAAGAUCUGAUGAUUGAUUAUGACAAUCUGAGAAAGUUGGUUAUCAUUGUCCCAUCCUUGCAGCGUUUAUCUUUAUGUUUAAAUGCAGAUUGUUCUUCUGAUGGGUGUGUGAUAGUUACCCCUUGUUUGAAGUCUUUCGAUGUUGUGGAUCAAAGAUGUCCAAGCCCCUAUUUGAUUGAGCAUAUGCCAGAGCUUGAAGAGGCAAGUAUCAUUCUAACGGGAGAUACUGAGAAAGAUACUGAAAGGCUUCUCAAAUCAAUCACUAAUGUCAAACGUUUAUCAUUAAGCAUGACAUUAAACAGUGGAAAAGGGAAUGUGUAUCCGGAUGGUAUUGUCUUCAGUCAGCUUGAAACUUUGGAGCUAUAUAUAUGCAGCCAGAAUUGGUCAAAGUUACUUGUCAACUUGCUCAAAGAUUCUCCGAACCUGCGAGUCCUCCAUCUCGUGGUUGAUCAUUCUCAGUUCAAAGAAACUCGUGGGGAGUAUGAACCGGUUAGCUCGAGCAAUAAUCAGGGAUCCGUUCCUACAUGUUUCUUGAAUAGUCUUGAGACUUUCAAGUUUGAAGGUUACAACAGUGUGGAACAAGAAGAUAGGGACUUGUUGAGUUUUAUCUUCAAACAUGCUUGUUGCUUGAAAUCUACUUCAGUCGUGCACAAAUGAUGAUGUUAUGUUCCCCAGAUUGAAACUUGAAAAAUGAUCUAAGACUCGUCGUAUGUAUUAUGUGGGUUUCGUAUCUGUUUUGUUGUCCAAGAACAAUUAGGUGUCAUUAUUUGAAUGUGGGAACUUAACUUGUUUCCAAACAAAAUCAUAAAAAAGUAUUCGGAUUGCUA